AGCCAAUAAGUAUGGUGUAAGAUCACUUUCAAAAAGAUGUAUGCACAACUUUAAGCAUUCAUAUUCGUAUUUUUAAACAUUUGUGCGUAAAUUAACUUAGUCACGCAAAAUUACGUUUUCAUACACGUGAGUCAAUAAAAUUACAUUUGUGUUUUUAUGUGAGUGUGACUCUAGAAGCUAUGACUGUAAACAUUCACGAGUACAACUCUGAUUUCUACGACUACGAAUUCUUCACUAUGAACACAAAUUCAAGUUUGUGGGUACGAGUAAAGAACAGUUGAAAUGACGUCACUGCCGUCCCAGGGCAGGUAAUCGAACCUCGAUUCCAUCUAACGCGCAUGCGUCAAAGGUGAAAGAUGGCUAACAACAGACCUGAGGCUGCCAACCUAGGCUCAGCAUCACAGGGCCAAUUAACAGACAUCUUAAGCACAGCUCAAAACCUGGUGUUGCUGUUGAGAAACAGUGCACUGGCAAAUGUCAUGCCAGUCAGUCAGGGCAGUACAGGAGAAGCUGCUGUUGGACAGGGAGCACAGUCAGUGCCGACAGUGAGGCCUCAGCGCAAUGACUCUGGACAGUCUGUGAAACAAGAAAUGGCUCGGUCUUUUCCUGGAUUUUUCCGAAAGGAGGCAAGAGGCAAAAAGCGUUUUGCACCAUAUACACCAACACAACCUGGGAAGAGCUUUUUGGUGAACUUUUUUCUUCUUGAAAAGCAACGUGAAAAAACACCAAAUGGAGAAGAGGAACUGCAGCUUGUACUGGCUGGCCUUGGAAAACGUUCAUUAACCCUUAAUGAAAACAUCACACAUUCAGAGUUUUCAGAUUUGCUUUUGAGCACAUAUCCAAGACUGGCAAAUAUCUGUGGAGGCUGGUUGCUGCACAAGUCCACAGGUGGGGGUGGGCAGCGGAGAUUGGCUGUUAUUCCUCCAGAUUUAAAUGGAUAUACCGGCCAGCAGCUAAAAGCAGUGAGCGGGAAUGGAAAAUACACAAUGUACAUUGCUCCUUUACAAGAAGAACUGGAUACAAUUCCUUUACCACCAGAAGCAAAGGAAUUUGAGAAGAUGCCCAAAGCUCAGUGUACAACCUGCAAGAAAAUGGUUCCGCUUCAGAUUCUUCCAGGACACAUAAAGGAAUGCAAAAAACAACUUGUAGAUUUGUGCGAUUCUGCUGAAGAAGAAAGCUGCAAGGAAGAAGAUGAAGAUGAAUGCUCAGCUGCCCUUUGCUAUGAGAAAAGCAAGACAGCUGAGUGUCCUGUGUGCGGAAAUGCAUUUCAUCCUGAAAUCAUUGAGUUCCAUGCAGCCAGUUGCGGAUUACGAACUUCAGAUGAUGAUGGCCAUGAGUCAAGUGAUCCAAUCAGUACCUUUCAAAGUUCUGAGGAUAUCUUGAACUGGAUCGGUUCUCAAGUUGAUGAGACAAACACAUUUUCCAUCUGUGUGUCGCGAACUGAUCUCUACAACAGAGGCAUGCAACAGUGGCAACGGCAGAAGAAGACCUCACCCAAAUGUAGACUUAAGGUCACAUUCUUUGCCGAGGCAGGCAUUGAUAAUGGUGCCCUUACCAAAGAAUUCCUCACAGAAAUGCUGGUAGAAAUAGAAAAAAGACUCUUUGUUGAAGGUCCAGAUAAGAAAGGGAAGAAUCCCGUUUACUGCCUUAACAGUUUGGACUGUAAUUACUUCAGGACUGCAGGAGAAGUCAUGGCAGCUAGUCUGGCACAAGGCGGACCUUGCCCUAACUUCCUGCGUGAAUGGUGCUUCAGUUAUCUCUGCUCUGGUGACUCUGACAGCAUUCAAGUGUCUGCCAGUGAUGUCACAGAUUUGGAACUGUCACAGCUAAUUGUAAAGAUAAACACCGCCAAUGAUGACAACAUCAGCGACCUGAUUGGUGACAUUGUGUCCUGCGGAUACACUGGAAUCGUGUCUGUGGAUAAAAGGGACAGCAUAAUAAGAGCUGUUAUACUUCACUCCACCAUGAGACUCAUCCCGAUGCUCGACCAGCUCAGAAAAGGCCUGCAGCUCUAUGAACUACCAAAGAUCAUGAAUACCCAUCAAGACCUUUGCCAACCACUGUUUGUUACAGGGGAAGAUGAUAAGGUAGAUGCAGUCUUCAUUUUGGAGAACAGCCGCCCUGUCUUCAGUGAGAUUGGUUCUGCCAAACACCGCAUGGAAACAAAUAUCAUGAACUUUUUCCAGGACUACCUUCAGGAAAUUGAGGAUUCUGAACAAGAUGGCCCAAGCAACAACAGUAUUGCUCCAGAAAGUUUGACUGUUGGACGAAUCAUGCAGUGGCUCACCGGACAGGGACACAAGCCCCUUCUGCCUAGUGAAAAGAAGGACUUUGUCAUAAAUGUGAAAUUCCACCAUGACUGUGACACACAGCACACUGUUUGUUUUCCUAUUGUCAGCGCCUGCAGUCGUACAGUCACAUUUCCCUCAGCACACCUGAAAACAUUCAGUGAAUUCAAAAACAUUAUGACAUUAGCAAUAUGCCAUGGGCAAACUUUUGACAGGGUGUAACAAGUAACUGCAUAAGUCAAAAUAGGCAUUGAAUUGUUUGGUUUUAUUGCCAUUUUCUUUGCCAUUUUCUUGUUUCUGUGAAUAACUUUAUUCAUUGUUACAAAACCAUUGUUUUGCUGUUAUUAAUGGUUCACUUUAAAACCAAAAUGAAUGAGGAGUUAGUUUUUUACCUCACUGUUACUCCCUUGAUAAAAUGAAGUAAUAUCACAGCAAGCCUUUUGUAACUGGCAGUCUGUUUGCAAAUGUUCAACUUCAUUCCAUUAAAUCUUUUGUAAGGAC